CGGGAUUGGACUUUAACAUCUCUUCCACAAUCCAACCCGUAUUGGCGAAAUGCCACUGAGGUUGAGGGCGCUGCGACUCAAUCCUGCGUGAGAACCAAGCUACUUCCGCUUCCACCCAAAAUACCAUCUUUCCUCGCUGCCCAUUUCCACUGCCACCGGAAACCCCUUUUUACCUCUCUCUGCCCUUCUCUUUUACACUCCAAGAAUUUCCACCGGCAGUCCAGAGUCGGCGCUGUAAAGCUGUCAAAUGGCGGGCUCUAUCGUCCAAUCUAGUCGAUCAAGGGACCUCGAUAAGCUCCUUCUUAGGCCCGGUAACCUCAUCGGCGCCAAUUUCGAGCCCGGUUCCCAAUUGAGGGAUGACCUUCAACAGUAUGUGAAAGUGUUGGUCAUAGGUGCUGGGGGGUUGGGCUGCGAGCUCCUAAAGGACUUGGCUUUGUCGGGUUUCCGGAACCUGGAAGUCAUUGACAUGGAUCGCAUCGAAGUUACUAAUCUCAAUCGUCAGUUUCUCUUCAGGCUUGAAGAUGUUGGUAAGCCAAAAGCUGAGGUGGCUGCAAAACGUGUUAUGGAGAGAGUUAGUGGUGUCAAUAUUGUGCCACAUUUUUGCCGGAUUGAGGACAAAGAAAUUGAAUUUUACAAUGAUUUUCACAUAAUUGCACUUGGUCUUGAUUCCAUUGAAGCUCGAAGUUACAUCAAUUCUGUUGCUUGUAGCUUCCUUGAGUAUGAUUCUGAUGAUAAUCCAUUAGAAGAAACAAUUAAACCAAUGGUAGAUGGUGGAACUGAAGGCUUCAAAGGGCAUGCUAGGGUAAUUUUACCAGGGGUCACACCAUGCUUCGAGUGUACCAUCUGGCUUUUUCCACCUCAAGUAAAGUUUCCAUUAUGUACUCUAGCAGAAACUCCUAGAACUGCUGCUCAUUGUAUCGAGUACGCCCAUCUAAUUAAAUGGGAUGAGGUUCAUAGUGGAAAAGCUUUUGAUCCAGAUGAUUCUGAACAUAUGAAAUGGGUUUACAGUGAGGCUGUUAAGAGAGCCGAGCUUUUUGGCAUUCCGGGAGUUACAUAUUCACUAACUCAGGGCGUUGUGAAGAAUAUCAUACCUGCUAUUGCUUCCACCAAUGCAAUUAUAUCAGCUGCAUGUGCACUGGAAACGUUGAAGAUUGUAUCAGGAUGCAGCAAAACUUUAUCCAACUACUUAACAUAUAAUGGUGCUGAAGGUCUCCACACUAAAGUGACCGAGUUUGUGAAAGAUAAGGACUGUCUUGUUUGUGGUCCAGGUGUUCUUAUUGAGCUGGAUUCUUCCAUUACUUUACAGAAGUUCAUUGACCUGCUAGAAGAUCAUCCCAAGCUCUUGUUGUCAAAGGCAAGUGUCACGCAUCGAGGAAAGAAUCUAUACAUGCAGGCACCUCCUGUACUUGAAGAGAUGACCAGAUCAAAUCUGGGCGUUCCACUUUUUGACUUGAUGGGUAAAGUUUUGAAAGACGCAGUCCAUGUGACUGGGGUAGCUUCUAAGAAUGAUAAGAAAACUUCCUGUCUUCGAAAAUUACGUGUGGCUUUUAAGGGGGUUGACGGUGUUACGGAUAUGGACACUGCAAGUGGGGCGUAAUUUUACGUUGCAUUUUUAUCUUCAAAUUUGAGUCAGAUGGCUAUCCCCCCCCCUAGGACACGGAAAUUAAUGGAAAAAGGUUGACGUGGGGUCUGAUCUAUUCCCAUUUUGUAUAAUUUUUCUCUUGUUCAAAGAUUCCUGAAAAGAACAAUAGAGCUGUGAAUUUGUUGCCAGAGAAGACUGAUGUAUUGCACAAUGAUUUACUUCUUUCAUCCCUCUA